AUGAAGGUCCUCAGCCCCGAGGAGGAAAAGGCGCACUACCGCGAGGUCGUCACCGGCGGCCUCAUCGGAGGCGGUGCCGGCCUCGCCCUCGGCCUCGGCGGCGUCAUGCUGGCCUCGCGUCGCUACCCUGCCUUUCGCGGCCUCACCCUGCCCUUCCGGACCUUCCUCGUCACCUCGACGGGCACCUUUGGCGCCAUCGUCAACGGCGACCGCUACAGCACCAUCUUCCAGCGGUCCCAGCACCCCAUGUCGAGCUACCAGGACGCGAGCCAGCGGGCCCGCCAGGCCAUGCGCGACAGCGAGACGGCCUACGAGCGCUUCCUCGGCUGGGGACGCGAGAACCGGUACAGCAUCGUCUUCGCCUCGUGGGUCGCCAGCAUGGGCAUCGCCCUCGCCAUCGUCGGCCGCGCCCCGACCAGCACCGCCCAGAAGCUCGUCCAGGCCCGCGUCUACGCCCAGGCCCUCACCCUCGCCGUCCUCAUCGUCUCGGCCGCCUUCGAGAUGAGCGACGCCAAGAAGGGCAGCGGCCGCUGGGAGACGGUCCUGGUCGUCGACCCCGACGACCCCGAGCAGAAGCACUUGAUCGAGAAGAGGAUUCACAAGGAAGAGUACGAGGGCCAGGACCUCUGGAAGGACAUGGUCGAGGCCGAGGAGAAGCGAUUGGCGGCCAAGAAGGCGAGCGUGAACAAGGCCUAG